GACUUGCCACAAGUAGGACUUCAAUUCCCAGGUUACUCCUUGCUUUAUGACAUACAUAAUAUAUUGUUCUUUUCAUCAGAGAUCAGUCCACCCCCUGAUCACCACCCAAACCAGAGGAUUCCUCCUCCUGGGAUAUCUGAUCCUCCUCCAUGGGCCGGGAACCAGCAUCCUGAUUUGGGGCCGCCUCCUCACGACUUUCACAGUCAGGCGCCACACAUGCGGCAGCAGACCCCAUCUCACGUCAGUCAGGACGACUCCAGUCUGGUGCCCAAUGUGCCCUACUUCGACCUUCCCGCAGGACUCAUGGCGACGCUUGUGAAGCUUGAAGAUCAUGAUUAUAAGCCUCUGGACCCAAAAGACAUCCGUCCGCUGCCCACAAAGCCUCCCAGUGACCGUCUGCUGGCUGCAGUGGAGGCGUUUUACAUCCUGCCGUCCCACGACAGACCCAGAAACAGUGAGGGUUGGGAACAGGGCGGUCUGUAUGAGUUCCACCGGGCCAAAAUGAGAGAGAGGCGGAAAAAGGAACAGGACAAACGCAACAG